AUGAAAGUGACCGUGUGCUUCGGCAGGACCGGCAUCGUGGUGCCCUGCAAGGAGGGCCAGCUGCGCGUGCGGGAGCUCACGCAGCAGGCGCUGCAGCGCUACCUGAAGACCCGGGAGAAGGAUCCUGGCUACUGGGUGAAGAUUCAUCACUUAGAAUACACCGACGGAGGAAUCCUGGAUCCAGAUGAUAUCUUGGCUGAUGUCGUGGAGGACAAAGAUAAGCUGAUUGCUGUGUUUGAUGAACAAGAACCCCUCCAGAAGAUCGAGAGCCCUGGAGGAAACCCAGCAGGCCGCCAGAGCCCGGAUGCCUUCGAGACCGAAGUGGCUACCCAACUGGCUGCCUUCAAACCAGUCGGCGGGGAAAUUGAAGUGACCCCUUCUGCUCUGAAACUAGGCACUCCACUGCUGGUGAGGAGAAGCAGUGACCCAGCGCCAGGCCCACCUGCUGAUGCCCAGCCAACUGCUUCACACCCCAGUGGCCAGAAUCUGAAACCUGCUAUUCCAGAUUCCACACAAAACUUAGAAGAUGGGGAAGUUGUGAGUGGUGUGCAAACAGACCUACUGACAUCGCCAAAAAUUAAGGAUGCACUAAGUGAUCUGACCAGAACAGUGGAGAUUUCAGCUGAAGGAGGCCCCCUGGGAAUACAUGUAGUGCCCUUCUUUUCUUCUCUGAGUGGAAGGAUUCUAGGACUCUUCAUCCGUGGCAUUGAAGAAAACAGCAGGUCCAAGCAGGAAGGACUGUUUCAGGAGAAUGAGUGCAUUGUAAAGAUCAACCAGGUGGACCUCGCAGACAAAACCUUUGCUCAGGCUCAAGACGUCUUCCGCCAGGCAAUGAAAGCUCCCUGUGUACACCUCCACGUGCUUCCCCCUCAAAACCGUGAACAAUAUGAAAAAUCAGUCAUUGGACCUCUUAACAUUUUUGGUAACAAUGAUGGUGUUUCAAGAACAAAGCCACCACCUCCUGUCCACACAAGAUUGGGAAUAAAGACCAUGAAUCUCACCGGAACAAGCAGCCCUGAAGAAGAUGGGUCACCUUCCCUGCAGCAAAGCAAGAGCCCCCGAGUACCAAGAAUAGGGAGAAAGCCAUCCUCUCCCUCACUCUCCCCUCUCAUGGGGUUUGGAAGCAAGAAAAAUGCAAAGAAAAUUAAGAUUGACCUUAAGAAAGGCCCGGAAGGACUUGGUUUCACUGUGGUCACUAGAGACUCUUCCAUACAUGGUCCUGGUCCCAUUUUUGUGAAAAACAUUUUACCAAAGGGAGCAGCAAUAAAAGACGGCCGCCUGCAAUCCGGGGACAGAAUUUUGGAGGUAAAUGGCAGAGAUGUCACUGGCCGAACUCAGGAAGAGCUGGUGGCCAUGCUGAGGAGCACCAAGCAGGGAGAGACGGCAUCUCUGGUCAUCGCCCGCCAAGAAGGAUCCUUUCUGCCCCGAGAGCUGAAAGGAGAACCUGACUGCCGGGCCCUUUCCCCGGAAACCACGGAUCAGCUCACCUUUGAGAUCCCCCUGAAUGACUCUGGCUCCGCUGGCCUGGGAGUGAGCUUGAAAGGGAACAAAUCGCGAGAAACUGGAACAGACAUGGGGAUUUUUAUCAAAUCUGUAAUCCAUGGAGGCGCUGCUUUUAAGGAUGGUCGUCUGCGGAUGAAUGACCAGCUGAUUGCAGUUAAUGGGGAAUCUCUCUUGGGGAAAUCCAACCAUGAAGCUAUGGAAACACUUAGACGAUCAAUGUCCAUGGAAGGAAAUAUACGAGGGAUGAUCCAGUUGGUGAUUCUGAGGAGGCCAGAGAGGCCGAUGGAGGAGCUCGGAGAGUGUGGGGUGUUUCCGAAGCCGUGCUCUGAGAGCUGUCCCAGCGCCGUGGCCACCUGCAGGAGGAGCGAGGAUGGCACGUGGCAUCCGCUUAGCACAUACUGUCCACACCACAAGCAGAGAGAGCCAUUGCUUCCCAGUGAUGGAUGGGCUGAGAGCGAAGUACCUCCGUCUCCAUCACUACUUCCCGUUCUGGAAUUGGGCCUUGAAGAUUACAGCCACAGUUCUGGGAUGGAUCCGGCUGUGUAUUUUCCAGAUCAGCACAUCAACUUCAGAUCUGUGACACCAGCCAGGCAGCCCGAAUCCAUGAGUCUGAAAGCCUCAAAGAGCAUGGACCUGGUGCCAGAUGAAAGCAAAGUUCAUUCAUUGGCUGGACACAAAUUGGAACCUCCAGGCAAGGACUUCGGCCCCACGCUGGGCCUGAAGAAGUCCAGCUCACUGGAGAGCCUGCAGACGGCCGUGGCCGAGGUGCGCAAGAACGAGCUGCCCUUCCACCGGCCCCGGCCGCACAUGGUCCGCGGCCGCGGCUGCAACGAGAGCUUCCGCGCGGCCAUCGACAAGUCCUACGACGGCCCCGAGGACCUGGACGCCGAUGGGUUGUCCGAUAGGAGCUCUCACUCCGGCCACGGAGCCCUCAACUGUGACUCGGCCCCUCCGGGGAGCUCUGAGCAGGAGGACCUGGAGAAUAAAGUCAGGAAAGCCAAAAAGACAAAAGAGAAGGAGAAGAAGAAGGAGAAGGGCAAAGCAAAAGGCAAGGAGAAGAAGCAGAAGGAGGAGAGCGAAGAUCCAGAAAAGAAGAUCAAGAGGAAGGGGCUUGGUGCCAUGCUGAGAUUUGGAAAGAAGAAAGAUGAGAAAGGUGGGAAGGCUGAACAGAAAGGUCCUCUGAAGCAUGGGGGACUGCGAGAAGAGGAGCUGGAGAAGAUGAAAGAGGAACGGGAAAGGAUUGGAGCAAAACAUCAGGAGCUACGGGAAAAGCAGGCAAGAGGUCUUGUUGAUUAUGCUACUGGUACAAUUGGAUCACUGCAUGAUAUGGACGAUGAUGAAAUGGAUCCCAAUUAUGCCAGAGUGAACCACUUCCGGGAACCAUGUGCAUCGGCAAAUGUCUAUAGGUCUCCGUCUCCCCCUCGGGCUGGACCACUGGUUUAUCCUCGCGAUGGCCGUCCACUCUCUCCAGAGAGAGAUCAUUUAGAGGGUCUCUAUGCCAAGGUCAACAAGCCAUACCAUCCACCGGUGCCAGUUGACAGCGGCUAUCCCAUGAGUGGAGGUGCUGAUCGCAUCCAGAAGUUGCGGAAGGAGUAUUAUCAGGCUCGAAGGGAAGGUUUCACAUUAUAUGAGGACGACGAAGGAAGAGCAAGGCCGUCUGAUUAUGACCUUCACUGGGUGUCUGGAAAGGGUCCAGAUGGGACUGCGCACAACCUCCGCUUCGAAGGGAUGGAGAGGCAGUACGCAUCCUUGCCCAGGGGAGGACCGGCCGAUCCCGCAGACUACCUGACAGCAGCACCCCGAGGGCUCUACAAGGAAAGGGAGCUCCCCUACUACCCAGGGCCUCACCCCCUGCACCCGCCCAAAGGGAGCUAUGCCCGGCCCCCGGACCUGAGGGUGGCAGAUCUCCGGUAUCCACAGUACUACCCACCGCCCCCCGCCCCCCAGCACAAAGGACCCUUCCGACAAGAUGUCCCGCCCUCGCCCCCUCAGCACCACAGGGUGCCAGCCUAUCAGGAAAUGGGCAGGCCAGGGCCCCGAGGGGGCAGCCCAGACCAGUACCCCUACAGGACCCAGGACCCCCGGCAGAAGAACCCCAUGACUGCAGCCGUGUAG